GUUUGAGAUGCUACCAAUGGAUAACCGCCGCUCUAAGGGCAAGACCAUUUAUCUUGCAUCGAGUCAGGACCCUUCCCCUAAUGCUUUUUCGAGGCUGCUAUCCCCUAAUCGACCCGGAUGGUCAUGGGGUGCUAGGUCAAACUCUGGACAUACACAAGACAGACUUCGGCAGGACCAAACUGCAAACACUAACCAUGCUACUUAUAAUAGCUGCCACUCUAGCCUUGAUAUCGAACAAGAAGUAGCUGAAGCGGAUCCUUCUUUCAUAUCAGAUCUGUGGCACACCGUGCUCCAGAGUACCCGCUCCUCCAUGGAUACUUCACGUGGUGAUCGCCCCAUUCCUCAACUGGAUAUUGUGGCUGAAGCCUUACGUUGCAAUGGCUUCCCUCAAACCGCUGGCACCGCUUCGACAAGCCUUCUGGACAGGCUCAUUCCAUUCCGCACGAUUCUCGCAUCCGCUACAGACCGCUUUCAACAUUACAAGGAAGACUAUGCUCACCUGGAUCUCUGGACUGACCCCGGCAGGGCCACUGAACUGGAAUCCGCACUUGGGGCCAUGCUCACGAGCGCAGCUACAGACGCUGAGCGUUACGCUUACUUCAUGGAAGCCCUUGUUCGUGCCGGCUUCGCCCGCAAGCCUUGCUCUCACGAAAAGCGUGGACCUAUUCGCGCCGUCUCCCAGAAACUGAAUGCUGCUCGUCCCCACAAUCCGAAUCUGGCUAUCCCGAAAAUCCCGAAUGCGCCCCAUAUCUUCCUCUUCCCGCCUACCAGCCUCUGGGGAACGUCAACUCUGAAGAAAUUUCAGUCCGUGCCGCCGGCUCUACAAACUGCGAACGUUGCCCGCGUGCAGAACGACUCCUCUUCUCUCAACGAGGCACCACCUGCGGUCGAUGCCAUGGCUACGCCGAACAACACCCACGAGAUCAAGCUAUCAUGUGUCUACUACCUCGACACUAAUAUCUUCACGGACGGGCUCCCCGUCCACAGCUACGUCCCCGUAUUCUCCUCCAGCCGCUUCUGCCCAUAUCUCAGCGUUGAAUUCGAGCACGCCCACGAAGGCGUUUCGGAUGCGCCUGCGGCGGCAGCCCUCCAAAAACUCGCCAUUUCAUCAACAAUCAUGGUAUACAACCGUUGGGCUUUGCGAAGCUGCGCCGCACGCGUUACGGUGUCCGCCUCAUCGAAGAAAUCCUCUUGGCUGGACAACAUUGCCCUCACUCCUAAGAAGAGUAGCAGAAAUGCCAAGGAGAAGAAGACGGAAGAGAGAGAGGUCGCACUCUGUCAUUGGAGCGUGCUAAUUUCACACGACGGCUGGGGACUGUACGUAACGACGCCCAAGGAGGAAACAGGCUUAUCAACGACAUCAGCAUUGACGACCAAUGUGUGGAAGGGCUGUGUCAUGGAUAAGGUUGCCUGUGGCAGCUUUGCGAACAUGCAAGCGCUAAUUACUUCAAUCAACGACAUCCAUUAUUGGGCGCUGACGGACUGGGCUGCAGCCUGCAUCAAGGAUAUCCGGAGCCUAGGUUAUAGGCAUUCUUCUUCUUCUAGGUAA